AUGGAUAAAGAAGGAACAACUUAUACUGUUCGAACAGUAGAUAAGCAUGAACGAUCGUUAAACAGUAGUCAUGAUAACGCAACUAGUAUAACUCGAAGCUCAAUUCCGCCCCAAACAACCGCCACCACACAACCACAAAUUCACUCUUCAACAACAACAUCACCAACAAUUUCUCCAACCUUUGCAACCCUUUAUCGAAGUGCCUCCUCAUAUCGUGCGCAUGUUUCAGGCACACCUCAAUACGUACAAACAUCACCUGCCCAAGUGGUUAGGUCUUCAUCAUUUGAUAGCCAUUUGCCAAUUUUCUCACACAUUCCCUCCACCAAUAUCACACAUGCAAACACUUUAUCCUCUCCUUCUCUGUCACCUAAUCAUGCUUAUUUUCUUAGCUCAACACCAACCCAAUUUCUCUCCACUAGUAUUCCAACAAUUCAGUAUUCAUCAUCACCAAAUUAUUGCCCCAUUCCAAAUACAACCUUCUCUCAUGUUCCUCUUUUUGUUUCUACACAGCCUGUGACUGUAGUUCCCUCAAAUAUUCAAAAACCAAACAUUUCAAAGAAAAAGGUAAAGACACCUUCUUCCCCAGUGGCUUCAUCUUCAUCAUCUUCCAGUCAAUCAUCGCAACAUUUACAAAUAGUAAGCCAGGAGCAUCCUUCUGCUCAAGAAAGAAAACGAUCAAUCUCACCAGCAUUUGGAGAGCAAGUCAAGUUAACCCCCCCUGAAAAGAAAACAAAAACCAUCGAAAUUCCAAAGUCUACACAAGCUUUGAAAAUUCCAAGAGCAGAAAUAGCAGAAGCAAAACAACAUUCUAAAGACUCACUAAAGGGGAAAAAAACCAUUGUGGCUAGAUUUCUUUGCCCAAACAAUUGCGAAAUUCAAGGCACCCCAAUUGUUUCACUAGAUUCCUCAUCUCACAGUGUAAUUAUUCAAGGUGUCAGUUUAGUUUAUAAUCCUCCAGAGUUUGCUCAGUUGGAUAAAACAGUGGUAGUGAAAGGAGAGAACGGAUCUCUAGAAGUAAGAUUGCCACUUUUAGAGUAG